UCGUUAGCAGUGAUCGGCCAGUCAAUGUUAGCCGGAUGAGUGGCAGCAGGGCUGGCCGAGUUCGUCACGAAUCCGGUAACGGGGGAGUGCACGGAUCCGGCCGCCGUAGUCGCGGCGCUGGUGGAACGGCUGGCACAGGUCGAAGACCACUGGCGGGACGGCGGCUAACCCUUGCCCCGGCGACCCAACAAGCGUUAAGGCCUUCUUCUUUGUCAGUUGUUUCUGACGACGAAGAUGUCGAUGAGGAUCGGCAGUGUGCGGAAGGUCGUGCCGCCAGCUUGUCGAGAGUGGUGUCACUGGCGGUCGAAGCAAGCCGAAGACCCAAACCGAUUCAUGUGGUUCCUGAUCAAGCCGAAGCGAUUCAGUCGAAGUUCUGGGCGCAGCCGGGAGUUCAGGACGAUCUCGACGACGACGAACCAUCGACUCCGGAAUUCAUCAACGAGGCAGAGGAAGCGGGCUUCUCGUUCGAUCAAUUGCUUAGGGCCGAAAGGGCACUGCAUUCAGGUAACGAACCUCGCUCCACCGAUAUCAGACUUUCUAAACACAUUGUUUCAACGUUGGUACAGAGGAAGAUCAGUACAGGGGCACCGUGGCAAGGGCCUCUGACAUCGCCUCGCGUUUCUCCGCCAAGAACUCUGGGCGAUUGCUUGGCCACGGCUUCCGUUCACAGAGGCUCACGGCAGGGACGAACAAACCCAUCACGGAUUAGUAGCACGACGAACUCAUGGCGAGGACCACGACCACCUCAGGUGUGCGACUUGCUGGCAUCCUCACACGAGCUUUCGACCGAGCUGGUCGAGCAUACGGGGAAGGGAUCGCCGGCGAGGAUGUCACCGGCGAGGAGGACGGGCAUCAGGAAAAAACCCUACCUCUAUCGACGCCUUCACCUUCCUCGUGCUCGCCGCAGAGAAGGUCCUACGCGGACGUCGUACGAAGAGGGGAGGAGAUGGCGGCUCGAGGAAACGACAAUGGCCAAUUCAGCCGUGGGGGCGGGGGUCGGCAUUCCGGCUUCAACCCUGGGCUUCGUCCUGGUUUCAAUCCGGGUUUUGGAGGGCGGGGGAGAGGCUGCGAUUUCUAUCCACCGCGCGGCCGUGGUCGCGAUCAUGGCGGCUUUGGCCACGACGGUGGCAACCAGGGCUUCGGCCGCGGCGCGGGCACUCAUGGUUUUGGUGGUGGCCGCGGUCGCGGCAACUGGUCCAACCAUGGCCAUCACCUCCACCAAACUGCGGCAACAGGGCAAGGAGCUCACGCCCAACCGUUCCCGUUCCAGGGGGCCGGACAAACGGCGUUGAUGAACACCAUCGCGGGGGAGACGCACAAUCUGAUCACCAACGAUGGGAGCCUGGCGGGAGGGGCUACUAGCCUCUCGGCUGGAGGCCAGCAUGCAGUCCUCAACGGGGCAAGGCACAAGGACGAAGGGGCGCUGGCAGUGCAGUCAGCCAAUGCGUCAAUCGCGAUGGGAUCUGCCCUGCAGGCGUCUGCAACAAAUUCACAGGCAACCACGGCGUCGGCGUCGUUGAUUUCAGCAGCACCUGAAGCUUCAAAGAGCACUGUUCCACCAAGUACUAAUGCAUCUGAUGUACCUGAAUGUUCCCAACAGAGGGCUCAAAAAAAGGGUAAACCGUUCUGUUAUCGUUGCCAUACUAAAGGCCAUACAAUGUCAGUAUGCAAUGUGCCUUUGUGCUGUGAAAUUUGUUUCGGAGAACAUGUCACUAAAGCUUGCUCAAAUUUGAAGAAAAUGCAUAAUACCGCUAUUCCCUGUGGUUAUGCGGUCGAAGGCUUGGGUUUCUAUUUUAUCCCGGUUGCUGAAAAUCCCAGAAUAAAUUUAGAGGAAAAAUCGGCCGUGGUACGUGUUUUGGAAGGUUCCCUUACUGCUGAUCAGCUGGCAGUGGAACUUGAAAAAUUACUACCUGGCAAGAACAAGUGGGUGAUUGAAGAGAGAGGCGCUGAUGCCUAUAUCACUAAUUUCUCAUCCUCUGAUUUAUUGGAUUGUGUGGUAAACUGGGGUCCGAUGGAUACAAAGACAGUGAAAGGAAAAAUUCGUUUUGAGAAAGGGGUUGAAAAUGAUGUUUAUAAGUAUGAAAUAGACAAGGUCUGGGUUCAGUUCCGUGGCCUACCAAAGGAGUUUCGGGAAUUCCCUAUCAUUUGGGCGAUUGGAUCCACUUUAGGUGUUUCCCGAGCUGUAGACAUGAAAUUUACUAAGAAGUAUGGCCGAGCAAGGUUAAAGGUAGCUGUGCUUGACCCCACUAUCAUCCCUAAUCUUGUGGAUAUAGUGAUCGGUGAUUAUGUUUAUGAGCUACAAUUUCGAGUUGAGGAAGGGAUAUCUGAUGGUGAGCCUCAAGUCAUUGACAUGGACUCUACCAUAGAUGAAGACGAUCCAAAGGAGGAAAAGAAAGAGGACCCAAUGGAUGAAGAUGGUAAAAGAGAGGGACUAGCAGAUGGGGAUGCACCUAAGGAGCAGCAACCUCAACCUGGUAAGCACAAUGGUGCAGCUCAAAAAGAAAAGGGUGCCGGUUCUGGGGUCCUUGAGAGCAAGGAAACAGGUGCACAAUCAGCACCAGCUGUUGUCCAAGCAAAUAAGAAACAGUAUUGCUUUCCCAGUGCGAGUUAA